AUGGCCAUCUACUGCAGCUCCUGCUCUGCUUCGGCGCACUGGCCUUCUUCCUUCCUAGGGCGAUCGCCGGGACGGCUGGUGAGCUCCCCCGUCUACCGCGCAUGCAAACCACGGCUUUCCUCCGUGACUGUUUUCUUCCCAAUAGACGCGAGAGAUUUCGGGAGCCUGUUUUCCUUCCUUCCUAAUUCGUCAGUUUAGGGAGGCGUGAGACUUGAAUCGUUCAAACUGGCCGUCAAUAUGCGGAGCUCGAGGGGAAAGAAAAUGAACUGCAUGCCGCUGGAAUGAUUGGAUACAUUUGCCGAUAAUCGUAAACGAUGAAUUUUCCUUUUUCCCUUAUGAGUUGUAACAGUUUUUUUUUUUUUUUCUGUUUUCCAGGGCAAGUCGUCUUCUAGAUACAUCACUCCAAUCUCGUUUCGUUCAUGUAAAGUUUUUGCAUUGUUUUGGGGACCGAAAAAAGCUGCGGAAUCCCUUAAGUUUGAAACUUCACUUGGGGAAUUUUCUUUGGCAGGCUCACCCCCAGAGGUUUGAUCCUUUCUCCCACUUUUCCGCUGGUUACCUUCGUCUUCAGACGCACUUAAUGCCGGUUGAGUGUAUCUUCUUAUUCUACACAGUCUAUGUAGGACUUUUCAGUCACUGAUGUGAAGCCUCGGAGGAUAUCCCUGUCAGUCGCGGCAUCCAUUUCAGAUGUUUCAUCCAAGGAUUGGGAUGCAUGUGCAGAAGACUCGAGUGGUCUAGAGAAGUUUAAUCCAUUCCUCACGCAUGCUUUUCUUUCAAGCUUGGAGGAAUCAGGAUCUGCAGUUCUGGUUAGUUAUUUGCAGCAGAUGCUGUUCUUAUGCCUCGUAUUAGCUUUUAUACUCCGUGCCAGUUCAUUCGCCUGAUGAAAUUUACUGUUUAUUUUAUAAUGUUAAUUUUUCUCAUUUUUUUUCGAGCAUUUUCUUGUAUUUGUCAGUUUGAAAUCUUGUACAUUGAAUACCAAAAAUUGAUACGAUUACUAUGAGGGAUAUUACGUUUCUUCCUCUGCUCGUUAAGUAUCCCCUUGGGUUAUGGAUGAAAGAUGUGGAGGUCCCCUUCGAUUUACGUUUUUCGUAGUAAACAAGGAUGUAUGAUUUUCUCUACAUUCCACUAUCAUUUCCACAGUUAUUUCCUAUUUGUUGAAGAUUUCCACGUUUGAUUGACGUUUAUGGCUUGACUGCUUGAAGCAAAUCCCAUGGACCAAAGAAGUUGGUCCUUUCUGCGAUUAGCCAUCACUUGGUCGUAAUGAGCCGUACAUUUUCAAUUGAAUGGUUGGCUGGUUUAUGUUUGCGACGUGGGGUAAACAAUAAGAUCGUUACUGCUUUAAAAUGUAAGCGAAAGAAAUGUUGCUUCUAACUUGGGAUACCACAGUUGCUGACUGGCCCCUGUUCCGCUGUCAUCUCCUAAGGUCUAGAUCUCACGAGUGAACAGCUAUUUUGCAUUCCAUAGCCACCUGUAUUCACAUGAAAUUUUAGCGUUUAUUGACACUUUAUCUGAAUCAUUUCAGGGAACUGGUUGGUUGCCACAGCAUAUUGUUGCUCAGGAUGAGUAUAAAAAUACAAUAGGUGUUGUUCCACUAUAUCUUAAAAGGUUUAACAUCUGAAAAGCUGAGAAUGGUUUAUUAUCAUAUUUUCCAUUCUUCUUGUUUUAGUUCAGAGGAGGAACUCCUAGUUUUCAAUUCAUUUUCUUCCCUUUUUGUCUUUUAACUAAUCGACUGUAAUUUGAAUUGGCAGUCACUCAUAUGGAGAGUAUGUCUUUGAUCAUUCAUGGGCUGAUGCCUACUACAGCUAUGGUAGUUAUUAUUAUCCAAAGCUUCAAUGUUGUGUACCAUUCACUCCAGUGACAGGUCAAAGGAUAUUAGUGAGAAAUGUUUGGUGCAGGGAACAAGUCUUCAAUAUGUUAGUUGUCGCAUUGAAGGAUCUUACAAAUAAGGUAAUGCUUUUCUGCUCAUGAAUUCGUACUCCUUACUUGCUCACCUCUUAAUCUGAUGAAUUCUUAUCUUGUCUUCUUUUAUCAACCACCGUGAAUGUAAUGAAGAAACGCAAAUUCGGUUAAUUUUUCCUUUUUUCCGCUAGAAAGAGUUACCUCUAUUGCACAGAGAAGAUAAAUUGGUUUCUGAUAGCAUUGUAUUCCUUGACAAGUAUGGUUCUCGAAAAAAGUUAAUGAAAAAAUAAGUUGGAAAACUACAUCCCGGAGAUCUGUCAUGAAUCAAAUACCUAGAAAAUUGAGCAAGGACAAAAAAGGGAUCUCUUUUAUAGAUGGAUACGAUCAUGCAAUGGUUAUUUCAAAUUUACAGUCUAGGAACGAUUGUGAGAUAAUCUUUCUAUCUCAAUGCGCUUUCACAUCACAAAAGAAAACUUGUUUAAUACCUAGGAAGGAGUGCUAUUUUGAUCCGCAGAAUGUAGAGUUGCAAGAACUAAAUGAUGUUGAGCAGUUGUAAGAAUAUAUGCAUCUAAUCUGAAAUGUCGCAUGCUAUGAUUUUGUGGACAAGUUUUACGACUUCAACAACCAUUUCAACUCGUAGAUACAUCUAUUAAACGUAGGGUCAUAUAUAUGCACACGCAUACGACUAACCUUUUUGAAAGAAGGAAAAAGGAAAACUGACUUUUUCAAAAUAUGUAUCAACAAUUACAUUCAAACCAACCACUGAGAAAUAUGAUAUUGUGCAUUUCCCUGAAGGAUAAUGAUUAUUAAAAUAUUGAUGAUCUUCCAAGUCACCUGAUUCACAGACCUAAAUGCAAAAAUUGCUUCUUUUUUUCAGUUAUAAUUAGCCAUUAUAAUAAUAUAUUUAUUUAUUUUUACAAUUUCGAUGCUUGGUACGAUUUGGAAGACAAUUCUUUCUUCUGUUUUGUACCGUUCGUAAUCUCUUUUCGUGUUCUUUUCUGUCUAUCUCUGCCCUAUGCUUCUGCUUGCUUUUCUGUCAUUUCCAUCAUCUUAAUUUUUUCCCUUUUCUAUCUCGUAUGAUCUGCCUCUCUCUCUCUCCCCUCACCUUUCCUGUUAUUUCCUUCUUUUUCUUCUCCCAUAGAAAAACUUCCGUCAUCUUCACCUCUGUACUUCUGCUGAUUAUCCCUUUGUCUAAUCAAUUGGCUUGAUUUACUGAAUUGGAUGAUCACAUCUUAAAAUUAAUUUUAUUCUUGAUUUAAAUGGGAAAAUUUAUUAAAUAAUGUUUUUCUCUCUGAGUCGUUGUUAGUGAUCCAAGGCUGUCAGUAAAGGCCAUUGCUAAGAUACAGAAAAUGAGUUGACUCUGUUUAAAAUCAUCUGAUGUUAUCGUGUUCCUCACAUGGUGUUCAGCUAUCUAUAGGCAUAGUAUAGCCCAAAAUUAUGAUGGGGAUCUUCUUCCGCUUGCUAUUAUUGCGCUGUUUCUGAUUAGUUAUCGAAUUAUUCUGGCAAAAGCGUGCUUGAGUGUGUUGUCAUAUAUUGUCACUAAAUUUUUAAUGUUCUUGCAGUUGAAAGUCUCAUCAUUACAUGUGACAUUCCCAUCUGAGACAGAGUGGCAGAAAAUGAGGAAGGAUGGCUUUCUGCAAAGAACAGGGAUGCAGUAUCACUGGAAAAAUCGUAAUUACAAAAAGUGAGCAUUAUGAUAAGUAUAGUCUUCUUCUGGGUUGUCACUGCUCUUCUCAAUUCUUUUGAGAUCGCACUUUACACAUUCUUGUAUGUCCAUGUGUCUCCUUUUUAUACUUAAUAAAUUUAUAGUGCUAUGUGUUUUUAGAAAAAUGAUCAAAGAGUUAAUUCUAAUACCUUUCCCUCCCCCCUAUAUUUAUGAUUGUAAGGACAUGAUGAUUUUGUAGAUCCUGAUUUUUUUCAUUUUAUCUUCACUCCUAUUUUAUGUCAGUUUGUCAUGCCUAUAUCUGCUUCUGUUGAGGAUUGAUUAUUUAGAAUCAUAUGUAAGAACGUAUUUUCUUCUCGUUAUAUCUGCUUCCCUUAUUCUCAUUGUGGAGUUAUAAUGUUAAGUCAUAUGAAUGUCCCAAAAGAUUUGAAACAUUAUUUCUUCUAUAAACCUAUAGUUGAUGUAAUUAAAAAUUGAGGUUCUUGCCACCGCUUCUGUAAAGUCAAAAGAAGUUUGCAAAGCAUAGAGGAAUGGGCUGGGUUACAUUCCUUAGAUUUGUUCAUUUAGGCUCUGACAAGUUUGAGUCCUCUUCUAUACAUUUGUCUGAUCAAGAGAUUUCUCACUAUUUCCUGUGAGGAGUGUUUUAUUUGUGAUUACUUAGUGAAAACAGUAGCCUUCACAAAUAGACCGGUAAAACAUCAUCAGACAUUCUAUUUUUUUUCUGCAGUCAAGUGCAGUGUCCACUGUGAAGCUCCUAGCUCUAACAUGUUUGCAAAUUACGUUGGUCUUUGGAAAUUGCAACACUCCAACAUUAUAUUAUUGAGUUUCGUGUGUUUACUUGGAUUAAUUGGUUCGCUUUAUUUUUAUAGCCCGACAUAUCAUAUAUCCGUCUUGCUGUUAAGUGAUCUUGGCCUGAAAUUUUUACCUCGCCAGAUGUUUAUCCUUUGACGAUUUGAAGCUUCCUAAAUCAGUCAUAUAUCUCUAGAGAUUUCAUAUAUUUGCUUGCGUUUUUUCUUUUCAGUGAAAUUUACAGUUAUCUAGAAAUGAGGGGAAGAAAUAGUUAAAACCUCUAGAACCGUAAGCUGUGUUCGGUGAUGACUUAUUGCCAUUGGUGACAGCAUAUAUGCACUGAGUUUAUGGCCUGGCUUUAUUAUGCUGUGAGUUGAUUAUAUACUGAAAUCUUUGAUACUUUUGUCUUAGCUUCGAUGAGUUCCUGAUGGAUAUGAAGCAAAACAAAAGAAAAAACAUUCGCCAGGAGCGUAAAAAGGUUAGUAAAAUUUGUUAUUUUUUUUUAUUUUCUUUCUCGUAAAUAUAGAUGGUCUUCUGCCAGAAAAUCCGUGUCUACCUUUGACCAGGCGAUCAGCUUUUUCCUUGUCACAAAUCAUUCAUAUUUAUUCACUUCUGCUGGUUUUUGCAGAAGUUUUCAACUAGCUGGUUUUGGUCAUUAGUUUCAAUACAGACAAAGAAUUUGACAAUGCCAUCACCUUGUUUUCUCAUGCAGAUAUCUGCUCAAAAUCUAAAAAUGAAACGCCUUCGAGGUCACGAAAUAAAGGUACUUAUAUGAAUAAAUUCCUGAAUUAUUUAACAAGAGCAUAAUUCAAAGUAGCUUUAGGGGGGGUUGGGGGGGAUGAAUGCGACGGUUCUUAUGGGCGAUUUAGUUAGCUAUAGAGACCCCUCCUUUCUUAUGAUUAAAUUUAGAGGAUCAUCAUCUGGAACCCCAUAAUUAUUAUUUUCUCUUCGUACUCUUUUGCUCUGGUGCCGUUCAAUAGAGGAUUUCCAUCCUUUUCAACUAAAGAGCUGAAAAGAAUCACUGGUUGGCUGGGGUUGUAAGGGCAUGGUGAAAGUGGAGAUACUUUUAUUGACCACAUAGAUCUGAGGACAGUGGAGAAAGUAUAUUAAUGAUAUCAUCCCACCCUUGUAGAUGUUAAACCCCUGGUCUGGUUCAUAAUUCUAAAUGGGAUGCAAAAUGAUGAAAUUGGAAAAAAAAAAUUCAAAGAUAAAUUCGGGGAAUGUUUUCCCUGAUUGAGCGUAAGAUUUCAGUGGCUCUUCUCGUCGGUUAUAUCUCUUUGUGCAAAUUGUUGACCCCAUGAGUCUGCAUCUUCUCCAUCCAGGGUUGUUGAUAGAUGAUAGUUUUUCUAUUUGACAUCUUCAUCUGUUUUUUGAUAUUUCGUUUGUCAUGGUAUCAUUAACUUAACUAUAUUCAUAUACAAAUCGGAAUGUAAAAUAAUCUCGAUUGUCAUCUAUCAAUUUAGCAGUGAGAAGCUCUUGAUUUGGCAUUUCAUUUCUGGUGCCUAUUUCCAUCUUUACCUACAGACCGCCUACGAUUUCUUCCUGUGGGAACUAGUCAAUAUGUCCUUUCUUUCAGUGGCAAUCGAUCCAUCUGCUCGUUAACGGCCACUUUUAGUUUGAAAUAGAAAAAAUAAGCAAGCACUCAUCCUGCCAUCAUAGUGUACCAAAUCGCAACAAAAGGCCUAACUUAGGACGGGGAUUCCAUGAAAAAUAUUCGAGGCGCAAAAUUCUUUAGCAUAAUAUUGUUUAUGGUCGGAAGAUAUUUUAGCCAAUUUAUUUUAGAUAUCAAUUAAUUAUUUCGCAAUUGACCAUCUGAUAUUUGCCUUUUGUUAUAGUUGACCAUCUCAGUUACCCUUAUGAUAUUGUAUUCUCUCUUCUGUUGUUAUUGGAUCUGACAUAUGGCGAUCCCCCCUCCCCCCUCUCACCCCCAAAUACAUGUUGGUGGAAGAAAAUAAUAUAGUGGAUAUUUACUGUAAUCUACUGUGAUCAUUGUGACAGGACGAGCAUUGGGAUGCAUUCUACAAAUUCUAUAGGAACACAACAGAUAACAAGUUAAGUUUUUUCUGUCUCCAUGCAAAAAAAUUGGCAUAUAUCUUGUCUUUCCUACAUUAAUUUUUGUACUGUACUUUGGACUCUUUUCCUCAGAUGAGAGACAUCUCUUCAUUUCUUUGGUGAUAUAUGUCUAAUAUCAAUCUCACUACUACUACCUUAUGCACACUGCGUGCUUAUUUUUUCCUAAGAAUUUUGAUUGCCAGAUCCGUGCUCUGGUUGCACUUUUGCUUUUGCUUUCAGCUUGUCACCUUGAGAUCUUUGUAGUUUUCUUUGAAAAAAAAUGUCUUUCACAAGGCCUAGUUUAAGGAGAUUUUCUACAAGUGAUGAUCAAAGAUUAACAGAUAUAUGCAGAAGGCCUGCGGUCUUCAUGGUGACGUUUGUCGGUAGCGUUAGGCUCAAUAAGCGUGGGAAUUUAUGUUUUUGGUCGUUGAGUUGUUCAUAAGAGAAGAAUAUUUAAAAUUUUGACCCAAUCAAUGAUUUCGAGUCAGGCAGAUCCUUUUUCUUAUUUCUGUGGUGUACUCGUUCGAAACAUCUAGUCUGUUGUGAGAAAAUGGCUGCUAGUUGAUUGACCUAAUAUCUGUGGCUAAUCAGUGAUCCCGAGAUUAUCUUAUUUCUAGAACAAAAAUGUUUGAAGAAGGCAAAAAUGUUUUAAUAGAAAUUCCUGGAUUCUAAACUUACCCCUACUUUUUGAUGGGGACAUGCCUCCUGUGAGAGAAUCGAUCGAAAUAUGAAAAUUUUUCCUUUAAUUUUUAGGAGCUCCAUCUAAAUUUUCUUGAGAAAGGAUAUGAAAAAAUAAAAUUGUUGUGAGGAAGGGUGGUAAUGUCAAUGAACAAGGUACUUUGAAAAGUUGAAUGAGCCACGAAAAAUAAGCAUGGGACUAAGUUGAUAUCAGAAGCAAUAACUAGAGCGUAAAGUGAGUAAGUAGACACAAUGACCUGAACUCAGACCUUUGCCUGUGAGGGUUCAUGAAUCUACUGAUUUCAGCCAGAAUUAUAACUUUCUAAUUUGGUUCCACCUUGAGAUUCUGCUUCCCUGGGUCAAUGAUCAGUAACAUAUUAAAAAACUUCUAUCAUAAGGACUAACCCUUCCCUGGAUAGAGUUGCAUUGUUGACAUUCCUUGUAGGCAAACUGUGGCCCAUUCGAGGAAAUGGUAAGAACGAUCCGAAGAAGCUUUACUUAUUUAGGCAUAUCAGUCUGGAUGUAGAUGACCGCCAUAUAAUGGUUUUGACGUUUGAAUCUAGGGUGGGAGUUUCAACAAAUAUUGGCCGAAAAUAUGGUCCUGGAAGAUGAUGCUGAGAAGUGUAAUAUUGUCGUGAUAUUUAAUGAUGACACUGUCCUUAAGAAGGAUCAUAACUAAUGUAGUUAUUGAAUAAUAACUAUUGCAUUACAUUCCUCUGUGGGAGUUGGCCAAUUUUUUUUAAUUGUAGGUUGAAAACUUAGAUCCCUGAAUUUCAUUAUGUCAAUAAAAUAUUAUUCACAUAAAAAUGCAUGCCUUGCAACGAUAUUGAUGUUUGAUAUCUCUGUGACAUCAUGAAUACCGGGACUAAGAUUGUGCAACGUUAACUUAAAAAGGAAAGGAAUUUGAUAAUGGCAUGAUCCCUAUGAAGGAUGAUGAUCAGGGGGUUUUUUUUUUAACAUAAGGCAUCACGUUAUGCUUGUGACUCUGAAUUAUGCUGAGAAACCUUGACGUUUGUCAAUGGCCUAAAACAUUGGUUUUAAGAAAUUUGGUAAUGAGAUUAUCCCUGUGAACGAUGAGGAUCAGGACGGUCUUUUUGCACGGUAUUGGUUCUUGAUCUAAAAGUAAGAUAGCUAUAUUUCUAUAUUGAGGUCAUCAAACAUGUUCUAUACAACUAGAGACGAUGCCUCUGAAGAUGCUUCCUCUUGGUACAUAUUCUUGACAUACAACUAGAAAUGGUAUUCCUCUUGCUUUCUAUUCUUACUCUGAUGCUGACCAUUCUAGUUUUGUGUGUAGGUGGGGUCGACCUUAUCUGACGAGAGAUUUCUUUUACCAGUUGGGAGAGAAGAUGGGCGAUCAUGUGCUGCUUGUUGUUGCUGAAGAUGGGGAUGAGCUUGUUGCCGGAGCCCUCAACCUGAUUGGAGGAGACACUUUAUUUGGUCGUCUAUGGGGAUGCCAUCCACAGGCUUAUUAUCCAAGUCUGCACUUUGAAGCAUGUUAUUACCAGGUGAUCUAGCCAAAAUAUAUGUAUAAGGAGUAAUUGGUGAUCUUCAUCUCUCCAUUUAACACUAAAAUUAGUCUCCCUCGUAUAUUGCCAUCUGAACCAUCUUCAGGCAAUAGAAGCUGCCAUCGAGCUUAAUCUUAACAAGGUGGAGGCUGGAGCACAAGGAGAGCAUAAAAUCCAGCGGGGUUAUAUGCCUGUGAUGACCUACAGUUCCCACUACAUCAGAGAUGACGGCUUCAAGGUAGCCAUUCAGGACUUUCUCUCACGCGAGACCGAUCAGGUAUCUUCUCUCAUCUGUUCAUCGUCUUCAGUCAUUGGAGUUGAGUCAACUCUCAUACAGUCACGUUGACAACACUUAAUGAUGAUAAUAUACUCGUGCACAUGAUGAUGGUCUUUGCUCUUACCGUUCUCAGUUAAUUGCUGAUCCGUGUUCUUGGCAGAUCAAACUCGUCAUCCAAAUGCUGCAUGAUUCUGGGCCCUUCAAGGAUGGUUUGGACUAA